ACGAGGGAGCACGAUAAGCCGCAGGAUGCGCUCCCUCCCUGUAGUCGUAGCCCUGGCGAUGCGUACUUUGAACUCGCUUUAAUUCCCUUCGAAAUUCUGAGUUCGAAAUCUGUUCACGCCAUUCGCAUAAUACUCGAAGUUUCGAAUCUCUCUCGGCAAUUGCAGUCCUCGGAUUAUUGGCGGAGGAAAUGGGGCGCAGAAGUUGAAGAAUUAGGGUUUUUUUUUUCGAGUGUAAUUGAUCUGAGGACGAGGAUGCCACUGACUCGGUAUCAGAUAAGGAAUGAGUACAGCUUGGCGGAUUCGGAGCUGUACCGAGCCGCCGAUAAGGAUGAUCCCGAAGCUUUGCUGGAAGGAGUGGCCAUGGCCGGUCUCGUUGGCGUCUUACGUCAGCUCGGCGACCUAGCUGAGUUUGCAGCUGAGAUAUUUCAUGACUUGCAUGAAGAAGUGAUGACUACUGCUGCAAGAGGCCAUGGUUUAUCGGUUCGUGUCCAACAGCUUGAGGCAGAAUUUCCCUCAAUUGAGAAGGCACUCCUCUGCCAAACCAAUCACUCAUCAUUCUUUCAUAAUACCGGUAUUGACUGGCAUCCUAAUCUGCCUAUGGACCAGAAUCUGAUUGCACAGGGAGAUCUACCUCGAUUUGUUAUGGACUCUUAUGAAGAAUGCCGGGGUCCACCUCAGUUAUUCCUUCUAGACAAGUUUGAUGUUGCUGGCACUGGAUCUUGUUUGAAGCGUUAUACUGAUCCGUCAUUUUUCAAAAUUGAUCCGCCUCCCCCUUUACUUAUGAACACAGAGGUUCAGAGGGAGACAAAAACCCGCAAAGCAAAGAAGAAAGGCUCACGGUGGAGAAAUGGAGAAACCCCAGAGGUUUUACCAACAUCACAUACCAAAUUGCAUCAGUUAUUUUUGGAGGAGAGUGUUGAGAAUCAUAUAAGUAACCCUGCAUGUCGUGUGAAACUGAAAAGGAGACUGAAUGGAUUUCCAUAUGAUUCUAGAACUGGGAAAAGUUACAUGGAGAAAUUGUUCCAGAUUUCUACACCAGGGCAUAAUGUUGUUUAUGAAAUAUCUGGUGACUCAUCACCCUUGAAAUUGCCAUCAAAUCUUACGGGUGAACCAGGGAGUGAAAUACUUGAAAUAAGCAUGGUAAGUCCUGGAGAAGAAUCAAUGCAGAGAAAGGGAAGCCCGUGUUCAUCUCCUGAUUUUGAUGAGACUGAAGGAAAGCCAUCCACAAAUAUGUUGACUGAGGAGGAGGUUGAUUUUGGAAUUUCUGAAGUAAGCAAACAGAACAAUAUGUCUGAAGCUGAUGUUUGCCUGUCUUCUACACUUCAUGAAGAGGAGAAUGAGGAGGAAAUAAUGGUUGAUCAGGAAAGAAAAAUACAGGUUAGUACAGAUAGUUACCAAUCUGAUGAUAUUGCUAGUGAGGUAGAGAGUUACAUGGAUGCCCUAGCUACCAUGGAUUCAGAGAUGGAAACAGAUACAGAGGGUAAAACCAAGGAUGGUCAGCAUUUAUUGAAGACAAAGAAUCAGGGGAUAGAUUCUGAAGCAAAUGAAGAACAGCAUGAAUUUUAUGCUCAAUUUUCAGAUUCACAUUCAAUAGGAAAUUCUACUGCAACGGAUGAUGGAAACAGCCUCUCCAGAAAAGGAAUAUCUAUUUCAUCAUAUUCUGAUUCUGUAAGCAAUUUGGCUGAAAUUACACCAUCUAAUGGUCAUGUGUCUGCUAAUUUUCUUCCAUCUUCUGAAAUUUAUGUAGCUGAGGUUGUUAAUAUGUCAUCUGACCAAUGCUCUGUCAAUGGGGGGAGUCUGUCAUUCAAACCUAUAGAACACAUUACUGGUGAUGCUGUUUGCAUCAAGGAAGCUAAGAUCCCAAAUUAUAGGCCUGGAUGUGGAGAACCAUCUUCUCAUUCAUAUUUUACUGACUUGACUCCUAUAAUUUUACCUGUAGAUGAAGGACAAAGUUCAAUUGAAGGGGCAUCAGGAGAACCACAAUUAGAUGAAAUUUUGUUGAAUCUUAAUGAACAUAAUGUUCGACUGGGUAAUAAUGAAGAAGAUAGCAUGAAUGUGGGUGAUAAUGUUAAUCUCUCUGAAGUUAUACCCCAAGCAGGAGAUGAUUUUGUACCUCAGGUUUCUGCUGAAGAUGAGAUAGACAAACAGCAGCCACAAGUUUUAUCUCAUGUGUCGCUACAGCUUCCAGGUAUUUUGAAGCUGGCUCCUGAAAAGAAAAGCAGUGAAAAUUUGUUUAACAAUUUGCCUGAAGCAGAAUAUGCAGAAGAUGAAUUGAGAAAAAAAUUGGUUAGUCAGAUUGGCUCUUCACUAUCAGUUGCUUCAUGUACAGAAGAGCAGCCUGUAAUUUCAGAUUUGCCAGAAGUUGAAGUUCCCCCAAGUUCCAGUCCUGGAUUGGGAGAACCAUCUUCUCGUACAUGUCUUGCUGGUUCAGCUCCUAUGCUUUUACCUGUAGAUGUAGGUAAUAAAUCAAAGGAAGGUGCAUACAUGGGAGCAGAACUGGAUGAAGUUUCUUCCAACAAUAAUGAACCUAAUGCUGGCAAUAAUAAUCCAGAAGAAGAUGGGAUGCAUGUUGAUGAUGGUUUCCCUAGGAUAUCUAAUCUCUCUGAUGAUCUGUGCCAAACAAGAGAUGGUUUUAUUCAUUAUUUGUCUGCUGAAAAGCAUCCUGCAGGUGAGUUAGGUGAAAAGGAGCCAUAUAUUCUACAUGAUGCUUCACUGCAUUGUCCACAUAUCAUUGAGCAGGCUCCUGAAAAGAAAGGCAGUGAAAAUUUGUUAGAUAAUGUUCUUGAAGCAGAAUUUGCAGAAGAUGAUUGUAGCCAAGUUUCUUUUGACAAUCAGAUUGACUCGUCAUGUUUAGUAGCCCUAAGUACAGAAAAGCAGCUACUCUGUUCAGCCUUGCCAGAGCUAGAAACUUGUGAUUCAAAUGUGAAGCCUAACAACACUGUUUCUGAAGUAGACAAUACUCUUCCAUUGUCUGGGGAGCUGGCCAUUAGCUCUAGCCCUGUACUUGAUAGUCCACAGGGUAAUAACUUCACAAAGCAGGAGUUCCUAGAAGUAACAGAACAUGUUACCUCACUUGAGCCAGAUUCAACAGAACCUGUCUCUUCAUAUUCUAAAGAGAAGAAUUUGUAUGGGGCUCUUAUUGAAGCAGAUGGUGAGGUAUUAUGUGGAUUCUCUUCUGAUAUGGAUUUGGUUAGGAAGGAGGUGUCUGACCUUCAAUUCCCAUCUGAUGUCCAAAACUGUCCAGAUCCUUCACCUGUCCAAAAGCCUUGUGUGCAGCUAGACAACAUAGCAGCAAACAAUGUUCAGUCAGAAGAUAUGAUUAUGGCUACUGCUGUUGCCAACACUAGUUAUGAUGAUAAUGAAGACAAUGGCAAAGGUGAAUCCUCUAAUGCAAUAAAGUUGCAAGAAGAAUCUAUUUCUAUUCUUCAGGAUUUACUUGAUGAGACAGAUUUACCAGGCCAUCUCCAAGCCACUGGCACAGAAAAGGAGGAGGAUCAACAUACAGUUGCUUCAUCAGAUUUGAACUCUGUUAGGUCCGACAAUGUUCCUUACAACUGUUCCAACCUGGAAUUGCUCGAUAGCAUUCCUGACUUAUCUAUGGCCGGAAUAUCCCAGGACAAUUUGCAUAUUGUUAAUGCCGGAGAACUCCUGCUGUGUUCAGAUCUAAAUGACCAAGAUUCAGAAUCAAACACCUGGCAGAGUAAUGUUGUUGCAAGUGCUGAAGAUGAUGUGGGUUCACCAUCAAAUCAAGUGGCAGAGCGAUUAACUUUGGAAGGAAAAGCGGCGUUACCAGUUGGUCAACUUGAUUUGGAAAAUUUGCAUGCAACUCAAGGGAACUCUGAGCCAUUCUUCGAGGUGGAACAGAUGCAAUUUUCAAAUCACUUGGAUCAAGAACACACCGAUGCUUCAUCUGAUAUUUCUGCAGUUCAUGUGCAAAGCCAACCUUCAGUCUCAGGAUUCGAGCAACAACUUGCUGUCUCUGACCAAACCAAGGACCUAUCAAGUCCUCUCUUGCCUUCUCUUGGCCUGCUUUCUGAAGCAUCUCAAAUCAGUUUGGAUGAGAUGCCUCCAUUGCCACCUCUUCCUCCAGCACAGUGGAGGAAAGGGAAGGUUCUAUGCCCUGCUCUAGUUCCUGAGAAUAAUCUGAUACAACACAAUCUGGAUCCUUUUCCACAAAUAUUGAUAUCUACCGCUGAGGAGAAAAGUCAAUUUAGCCAUCUAGCAAUGGAGGGAGAAAGUACUCAAUAUUCAAACCCCUUUUUGCCACUCUCAACUGUAAAUGAUGAGCAUUUUCAAUUUGUGAAUGAGAGUGUAGCAGGUUACAUGGUGCAUUCCCCUCCAUUGUCAUUGCAAGCAUCAAACACGACUAAUGACAGAAAUAUUGAGGAUGAUUUCCCAAGUUCUAGUGGGAUACAAUCCGUGAACGCAUGUGCAGUGCUACCAACGACAGUUAAUGAUGAGAGGUCUGAACAAGGUUACCUUGUUUUGGAGCAAGGAACAGAAAAGCCUACUUUGGAUCCAUUCUCACCGAAGACCAAUGAAGCUAUAGUGUCUACAUGUUGUCCCAUGUCUUCGCCAGAAAUAUUGAUCCAGCCUGUGCAUCAAUCGGUAAAACAAAUAAUUUCAGAGGACAAUCACUGGGGAACCUCUGUAACCUCUGAGGGGAAAAUUAUGAGUCCUCCUGAUACAACUUUUCCACCACAAAUCAUGCAGGAUAAUAAGCCACAUCAUGAUUUUGCAACUUCAGAAGGACAGAUUACUGGGCCAUCAAAUACUUCGAUUCUACUGGCACCUUCGGAUGAAGGAAAGCCAAAUGGAAAUCGGCAGCCGAAGCUUCCCCGACCCCGAAAUCCUCUAAUUGAUGCUGUUAUUGCGCAUGACAAAAGCAAGUUGAGGAAGGUAACAGAGCGGGUUAGGCCUCAGAUUGAACAGAAGCCAGAUGAAAGAGAUUCACUAUUGGAACAAAUUCGAACCAAGUCCUUCAACUUGAAACCUGCAGUUGGUACAAGACCCAGCAUUCAGGCUCCAAAAACCAAUUUAAAAGUUGCUGCUAUUUUGGAGAAGGCAAAUGCCAUUCGUCAGGCAUUGGCUGGAAGUGACGAGGAAGAUGAUGAAGAAGGCUGGAGUGAUUCAUGAAAAGUGUUUCCAGGGGGCUGCUCUGCUCUUCUCUUGCGCCGGAGUUUAUUGCGGUGACAUAAUUGUUGAAGCUCUUUGCUCCGCAUGCAUAUCAUGCCAUGAACUGGAUUUGGAGCAUCUAUCUCGUCCUUGUUGUGAAUAGGAGAUUCAUGCAACAAUACUGUUUUCUUUCCUGCUGUACGUACACGCUCCUCCCUCCCAUGUAUGAUAUUUCUUCUUCCCCUCUCUCAAAUGUAGUUAUAUAAGUAAGUAGUUCUUGUUUCCCGUCCACAGAAAUUUUGAAGUCUUAUUCAUAUGUCCAUGCUUGUGUGAAAGCUGAGAUGCAGCGCGCAAGCGCUUUGUUGUUGAUUUUGAAAGGUAUAUAUAUAGGUUUGGAGCAGGGAUUUUUCCGUAA